GCCGACGGACUGACUUGGAUACACUGUGUGAACUGCUAUACGCUGAAGGAUACUGACGAAGAGCCUUCUGUUCCGUCAACUGCCGAGGCUCCAACAAAAGCUACAGGAACCAGCGCUGAGACCACUACUUCGGCUUCUUCAGAAGGCAUAGCUGAGACUACUGCUUCCAUCGCAUCGGAGGCAUCCACUCCAACCACUCAGGAAAGCAUGAUCGAAACUAGUACACCCUCAGAAGCAACCGAUCAGACAUCUACAUCGAUUGGUUCCGAACCAAGCUCAACAACAACCAAGUCACAGAAGGAAGAAGGAGGCGUUCCUCCUAAAACUGCUUCACCUACUGAAUUCCAGCGA